UUGAAAUCGUCCCGAGCAGAGGAGGCGAGGAGGAGACGGACUUGGGAAAAUCAGCUCGUCCUAAACUCGACAGCUACGUGGAUUAACGGCAGCUUCAGCGGCUAGUGCUAUCAUAUGAUAGUCUUUCCGCUUGUUCGUUCGAAUCUUUUGGACCGGGAACGGUUGUUUGGCCCACUUUGGAGAGGGCUGUCGCAGCGGGAGGGGGGAAAGGCAGUCUGGUAAUCGGUUGUUUCCCUGCUGGAGCGGACGGAGCCGUGGUUGUGGCCGGGCAGCCCCGCCGGACCGUCGGACGAAGCCUGAAACCUCUGCACGGAAUAUAACACCUAAGAUAAAGCUUUUUAAUUAUUUUUUGCAAAUAGCGGGAGAGUGGAAAUGCUCCCUUUCGACGCAGUUUGGACAUUUUGAGAGCUAUGCGACGGAGCUCACCGAGGAGAAGUUUGAUUGGAGAGCGGAGUGCGUUUGAUUUGCAGUCCGAUGGAUGUUAGCCCUGCCCGGCUGUGGUUCGGGUCUGUGCACCGUUUAUCUGAAAAAUAGCACCACCGGGCACAGGUGAACAAUGCUGCUGCUGCAGACCUGGCAAGUACACGAUAACCCCGGCUCCAGUGCCAUCAGUUCACCCUGCAUUGCUUGUGUAUAAACCUGGAAAUACCAGCGACCAUCCCCUCCUCCUCCUCCUCUUCUUCAUCAUCCUCCCGUCUUCUUUUUUUGGACUAGUGAGGCUUGCAUUACCUGGGAUAUUUUGGAUGUAGACUCGAUCUUGACUUUUUUUUAAAAGAUGCAAUAUUUCCAGAGACAACAAGACAUUUAAUUUGACUCAAUCGUUUUGAGAUUUUUUGAAAUUUUUUUCUGGAGCUUUUUGUGCUUUUGUAAAAUUCUCUUUCUAGUCAAGAGGAUCCGAUUCGGAUGGAAAAUGGGAGACGCCACCAAAUUGGCCUUCGCCGUUUUCCUCAUCUCCUGCUCUUCAGGUGCCAUCCUGGGACGCUCAGAGACGCAGGAGUGCGCCUACUACAACUCCAGCUGGGAGAAGGAGCGGACUAACCGCAGCGGCAUCGAACCCUGCUACGGUGAGAAAGACAAGAGGCGGCACUGUUUCGCCACAUGGAAAAAUGUCUCCGGGACCGUGGAGAUUGUCAAGCAGGGAUGCUGGUUGGAUGAUGUCAACUGCUACGACAGUAACGAGUGUGUGGAGAGGAAGGAGAGUCCCGAUGUUUUCUUCUGCUGCUGCGAAGGCAACAUGUGCAACGAGAGGUUCCUGUACGCCCCUGAAGCGCCCCCGCAGAGCGACCCGCACCAAUCGACUGCCUACACCACCUCCAACCCGUUCUCCCAGAAGCCCCAGCUCUUCAGCACCCUGCUUUACUCCCUGGUUCCCAUCAUAGGCCUGGCCGCUGUCGUCCUCUUCUCCUUCUGGAUGUGGAGGCACCACAAACUGGCGUACCCAGCUGCACUCGUCCCCACACAUCACGCCUUUCACAUUAUGGUGGAGGAUCCCGGACCCUCACCCCCGUCACCAAUUCUGGGACACAAACCUCUGCAGCUGAUUGAGGUGAAAGCCAGGGGGCGCUUCGGCUGUGUGUGGAAGGCGCAACUGCUGAACGAAUACAUGGCUGUUAAGAUCUUUCCCAUCCAGGACAAGCUGUCUUGGCAGAACGAGUACGAGAUCUACAGCGUGAGCGGCAUGAAGCACGAAAACAUCCUCCACUUUAUCGGCGUGGAGAAGAGGAACAACAACCUGGACCUGGAGCUGUGGCUCAUCACCGCCUACCAUGACAAGGGCUCGUUGACAGACUACCUGAAGGCCAACGUGGUGUCCUGGAACGAGCUCUGCCACAUCGCUCAGUCAGCAGCCCGCGGCCUCGCCUACCUCCACGAAGACAUCCCAGGACACAAGGACGGGCACAAGCCCUCCAUCGCUCACAGGGACAUUAAAAGUAAGAAUGUGUUGUUGAAGAAUAACCUGACAGCCUGCAUAGCUGACUUUGGCCUCGCUCUGAAGUUUGAGGCAGGAAAAUCAGCAGGAGACACACACGGACAGGUGGGAACACGACGUUACAUGGCUCCCGAAGUCCUGGAGGGCGCAAUCAACUUCCAGCGUGAUUCCUUUUUGCGCAUCGAUAUGUACGCCUUUGGCCUCGUCCUGUGGGAGCUGGCAUCACGGUGCACCGCUGCCGACGGACCAGUAGAUGAGUACAUGCUCCCCUUUGAGGAGGAGGUGGGUCAGCACCCAUCUCUGGAGGACAUGCAGGAGGUGGUGGUGCAUAAGAAACUGCGGCCCUGCCUGCGAGACUGCUGGCAGAAACACACGGGUCUGGCCAUGCUUUGCGAAACCAUCGAGGACUGCUGGGACCACGAGGCGGAGGCACGCCUGUCCGCCGGCUGCGUCGAAGAGCGCAUUGGACAGAUGCAGCGCCAGGCGCCCGUCAUCGGCCCCGAGGAGAUCGUCACUGUUGUCACCAUGGUGACAAACGUUGACCUCCCACCCAAGGAGUCCAGCUUAUGAUCAGCCAAUCAGCCGACGCCAGACGAGCUCUAGUGAAAACACGGAUCAACACGAAGGGGAUAAAUGGCCGACCCUGGUUGGUUGGCUUUGUGGGGUUUUUUUUCUUCUUCUUCUUUGAUUUUUUUUUUCUUUUUCCUUCCUGUUCCUUUAAGUGCGGGCCGCUGCUCGCAUUCAGGAAACGCCCCUUGCGCCCGCCUCACCACAUCAGUUGACAUCCACCUCAUUUUGAUAGGCGUGCUUGAGGAUUUUAACGUUGAACUCUCUGCCAUCCUGAGCGGACUCACUCAGGAUGUUUUACCAAGCCACAGCACUGACAUGCUGGGACAACACUCUACGGACACUUUGAUCAUGUAUUGUUUUUAUAUACACAUAUACAUGCAAACGCACGCACACACAGACACACACACACACACACAGAUGUAGGAGGGCGACGUGUUCAGCUCUGAGAAGAUUCUUCGGAGAAAUUUCACAAAACUCUCAGUGCAUUUUAGUGUUAAAAAACAACAAAAGAAGAAAAAAAAAGAAAAGAUGAGCGUCCGGCUCUUGAUACAUUUGCUGUUUUCUCGUGUGUGUUUUUUGUUUCUUUUUUUUUUCUUUUUUUUUGGGAGACUAUCGUUCUGCCAAUAAGCAACGGCUUCUGAAUGUUUAUAGUGUAAUGCUGCUGUACAUAGUGUAUUAUGGACCCAGACAACUUGGUAAUCAAGCUUAUUUUA